CACACUGAAUCAACAAGCCGAUCCAUCGCAUUGCAGCCCGCGCCGCCGCCGCCGCCGCGCAGUGAGAGAGGGGGUGAGAGAGAGAGAGGAUGAGAGGCCUCAGAUCGCGGAUCCUCCGGACCCUGCAGUCCUUCCCCAACGCCGCCACCGCCGCGCAGUCCAACGCCCUCCUCCCGCCCCCCGACGCCGCCGCGCCCGCGCCGGCCGAUAGCGACUGCCGGGGCGGCGGCGACGACGAUGGCGACAAGGAGAACGUCUCGCCGGAGGCCAACCCGCGGAAGGCCAAGAAGAUGAAGGUGAGCUCCGGCCGCGAGGAUGGCUCUCUGGAGGAGUCCGGCGGGUGCUACCGCCGGCCGGAGCUCGAGUCGCCGAGCCUCUUCGACCCGGACCUCCUCGCCGCCUUCCGCGGCGUCGUCGACGCCUACACCCAGGCGCUCGAGAAGACCCAGCGCCGGGACGCCGACGCCGACGACGACAUCGCCGCCGCGCUGGACGCCGGCGGCCGCGACGAGGACCCCCUGGCCGGGCUCGAGAGCCGGUGCCCGCCCGGCGGGGAGCGCGCCGUGGUGCUCUACACCACGUCGCUGCGCGGGGUGCGCAAGACGUUCGAGGACUGCGCCACCGUGCGACGCCUGCUCGACGGGCUCCGCGUCGCCUUCCUGGAGCGCGACGUGUCCAUGCACGCGCCCUACCGGGACGAGCUCCGCGCGCUGCUGCCGAGGCCGGGACCGGGCGACGGCGCCGGCGCCAGCAUGCCCCUGCCGCCGCGGCUGUUCGUGGACGGGCGCUACGUCGGCGGCGCGGACGAGGUUGUGGCGCUGCACGAGCAGUCGCGGCUCCGGCCGAUGCUCCGGCGCGCCACGCGCCGGGGCGCAGGCGACGUGGCCUGCGCGGUGUGCGGCGGCGCCUGGUUCGUCGUGUGCGGCGGGUGCAGCGGCCGUCAUUGGCUCUAUGACGACGGCUUAGCCGCCGCCGUCGCCGCCAGCCGCGUGCCGUGCCCAGGAUGCAACGAGAACGGGCUCGUGCCGUGCCCCCUGUGCAGCUGAGCUGAGGUGAUCCCAUGCCCUGCCCCGACAGACAUGUAAAUCUUUUUGUGUAUUACCUGGGAGAGAGGCCGCUCUGCGGCGAAAUUCUUUGUGAUUGUUUCAUAAGUACGUGCUGUAUAAUUUGCCAUGGGCCGCUUCUUAAUGGAGUUGGUUGCAUCAAGCUGAACGAUCAGUGACUCUAAAACCCAAUUUGCAGCACUAGUGCUGCUGAGUUGAAUCCCGAGGGUUGGUUUUUGUCA